GUGCUAACCGUCGUAAUACUGCGCCGCCAGGGGGCGCUCGGGCACAGGCUGGCCGCUGCGUAGCGAGGAGCCGCCAGGCUGCUGCCCCGCCUCCCGAGCGCCCAGCGGGAGAACUGCCCCGGGCGCCCGUGUGGUAGCGCCUUUGGCGCGCGGGUCGUGGUUCUCUGUCGGCUUCUUUGGGCGCUCAUCGUGGGCCCCGAGGGGCCGCUGACGCAGAUAAUGGCGCCUGGGCUGCCAUGGCGCUGGCCUGGCAGCUCUGCGGCUUUUCUGCAACAACUUUUUUCUUUUUCUCCAUUAACUAACUCUUUGAAGUGCGGUCUAGAUGUGAAAGCGCUUUCCUGGCCUUUGGCUUCUCGACGCUUCUAACACAGCCGAGGGAGACUGAAAAUGGUACUUGGUCUGUGCUGCCAGAGAGAGAGGCUCUACAAGUUCCUGUAUGUAGUACAAAUCUUCAUCCUUGCAGGAGUGGUGUACUAUUAUUUUCAGGGGUCUCUGGGGAAAGCAGACCCUGACCAUGAGAUUGCUGGGGGCUCAUCACAGCCCAUAGGGGAGACCUUAAGGCCAGUGUGGGGGCAGAUGGAUAAGUGCUAUCCUGUGACUACCCAGAGACACAGAGUCAAGAAUGGGAAGAAGCAGGACCCCGAGGCCAUGACCCCCAAGACAACGGGAGGGCCAAAUGAUGCUGCCCCCAAGGAGGAGACGGAUGUCUUGUCUCAGGAUGAGGGCGAGGUGAGGUCCCCAGGGGAGGAAGCGGCCAGCCCAAUUCCAGCUGGGCCGAAGGUGGCUGAGGAGGAGGCUGUGUCAGUGCCUCCAGGAGGGGAGGAGACUAAAAAGGCCCGAAAGGAGAUUGCUGUAUAUGCUUCUGAGGCCUCUGAGGUGGACAUCAAGGAAGAAACGCCUGAGGGCUGGGUCCCCCAGCUGCUGAGGAAGCUCUGGCUGGGCUGGUUCCCAGCCUCUGACUUCCCCAAAACUCAGAACCGUGAAUGACAGAGUGUCCAAUAAAUCCACAGCUGCUGCUUCUGCAGGUCUGGCUGCCUCCUUUCAGGGGCCUCAAAUUUCCACAAACUGAGUGUGGCUUUGUCCACGCUCCCUGCCCCAACAAGCAGUACAAGGUUACACAGUGUCAUAGCAGAGCGAUGACUAGGGCCAAGAUGUCCUCCUCCAAGGUCCCCACAUGGCCUUCUCCUGCUCUGGCCACCUCAUUGUCACAUGGGUUCAAGGUUGACCACUGUCCCUAGGUCAUGCCUACGGCCCACAGGGCUUAUUAUUCCCUGUCCUGCCCAAGCCUCUCGAGAGCCCAGACUGACCUGGCCACUCAGAGGAUGGAGCCCCAAGUUGGAGCCCAGAUGAGUGUCCUCCUCCUGCUCCAGUGUGGCCGUAAGUGGCAACUUCUACUGGGCAGGGGUUGGAUGAGCAUCCCUAAGGGGCUGGGAAAGGAAGCCCAUCAGAUCUUGGGGCAGCUCAUUCCCGGGCUGCUGUCAGGCCUCCCAGGGAGAGCAUUGGCAUCUGAAGACUGAGCCCUGGGUAAUAACUCAGCCUGUCGCCUCCCAGCCAUCCCUGAGUUCCCCACCUUUUGGGGCAGCAGCUUGUGGUGCUGGCUGAGCUGCUGGCCCAUGGUACAAGCUGGGUGUGGCUGGGCCUGAAAUGUGGGCAUCUAGGCAGAGUUUCUAGGCAGAGUGGGGCCCUCCCCAUCCCCAUCAGGGCCUGACAGCUCUCACCAGCCUAUUCGAGCUCCUCACAGCAGAAACCAGGAUCUAUUUAUAGACUUUGUCACUAACCCAGGUAAUCAGCAUUGGGUUUCUAAAGGUGACUAGGGGAUAAUCUCUCACUUUCUGAGCCUCAGUAUACCCCUCUCUCAAAUGGGGUCAAAUGACAGGUAAGGAUGGAUCAGGCUAGGGCAGAAGCUGGACCCGGGGAGGCUGCUGAGGCCCCGUCACUGCCAAGGGGCUGGUCAGGGGCCCCAGGUGGGACUCAAGCCAGGUUGCAGCCACCAGACUGGUUUAUUGUACAUCAGAGCUACUCCUGAGGAGUGGGUGGGGGGUUUGGUGUCCCCGUCUAGCGGGGCACAGCACAGAGCUGGUAGGGGGCUGGGGUCACCAGGAAGGCAAAGAUACCAUGGUCACUUGGGCGAGGCUGCCCAGGGGGCACCGAGAAGCUGAAGCGCUGCAGGAGGCAGGUGAAGAAGAGGAAGAGCUCCAUGCGGGCCAGCGGCUCCCCGAGGCACAAGCGGCGGCCUGUGUGCAGGUGUGGGGGCUCUGUGAGCCUGGGGGCCUGCGCUCCACCCCACCAAGACUCCCUUGGGAGGGGGAGGCAAGCCAGGCACCCCAUAGGCACCUGCUGAGAAAGGCAUGAAGGCCUCCUGCUUGACGAAGUGGCCCUGGGCAUCUAGGAAGUGCUCCGGAUGGAAGCGGAAGGGCAUCUUCCAUAUGGUCUCAUCUUUCAGCACCGAUGACAGGUUGGUGAUGAGUGUUGUCCCCUGGCAGGAGAUAUCUGGCAUGGGUGGGUGUGGACUGGGGGGGUGCCUGGAUCUCUGCCACCAAACACACCCGGGGAGCACACACACUGCCUGGCACAUACCUGGACUCUUCAAGUGACCCUCAGCCCAAGAAGCUUCUUGGCACCCUCCCUGUCCCCAUGGCAGGGCCAAGUGACCUGCCUCCCAUGGGUGUCCUGACGGCCACGUGUCCUCCAACACACUGCGGCGGCACACUUUAGUUUGUCUUCCCCACCUGACUGGGGCUCUGAAUGGACAGGGCGGGCCCUGCCUCUGCUCAUCUCCACACCCACCCGGGCUGGGACAUUUGUUGCCUGUGGAAAUGAGGAUUGGGUGCCUUUGGCUCCCAUCCUGGCCCCACCUAGCAAUGGCCAUACUGGGGCUACUGGUGGCAGGUGGUGCUGGGAUGAGGGCUGCAGGCUUACCUUUGGGAUGAGGAAGCCCUGCACUUCAAUGUCACGGGAUGUCAUGUGGGGCAAGCCUAGUGGGAUGAUGUCCCCAAAGCGCUGCACCUCAUGCACCACGGCCAUGGUGAAGGGCAUGAGGGCCUGAUCCCCCAUCUCUGGUCGCCGUGCCGGCCCUAUCACCUCAUCGAUUUCCUGUUGCACACGUCCUGGAAAGAUAAGUAUCCUCAGUGGUCAGACCCAAGGUCUGGGCCCCAACCUCCUCCUGCCUCCUGUAUAGGGCUGUGCCCGCAUGGAGGAGGAGGUCACUGUGACCUCUGAGCUGGGGCUUAGCCUCAGCACAGAGCUGCUGCUGGUGGCCAAAUCAGCCAAGCUCAGGGGCCUCAGACUGUCCCUUUCCUCCCUCACCCAUCCCACCCAGCCCCCUGGGCUAGGCUCACGCUGUACAUCUGGGUGCAGGAUCAUGAGGAGGAGGGCCCAGGCCAGCGUGGUCGAGGUAGUUACCAUCCCAGCAGAGAACA